AUGGCGCCUUCUCACAAACGCAAGACCAUUCCCGACGACGACUUUAUCCACACCAUCUCGGACAAUGACGAGCCCGAGAUCCUCGAGGACGAGGAUGAGGUAGUGGCUGCUGCGAUGAGGCCGUCCAAAAAGGCCAAGACCUCCACCAACACGGCCGACGCUGGCAGCAAGAACAAGAAGGACAAGACGAAGAAGAAAAAGAAGAAUAAAAAGGGAGAGAAGGGUGCCCAGGAUGGCGAAGAAGACGCACAAGACAAUGACGAAGAAGAAGAGACCGGUCUCUGGGGCGCCAACGAUGCCGACGACGGGGCGAUGAACUCGGACUUUGAGUUCACCCUCGGCGACGGCAACGGGGUGAACGCGUUCGAGGGCGAGUUCGACGGCUGGGGGUUCGAAGGAGCCAAGAAGGGGAUCGAGGGCGGCGCCGCCGGGCAGGAGGGCAAGGCAGGGGUGGACCUGGACGAAAUCAUCCGGAGGAGGAGGGAAAAGAAGAAGAAGACGAAGGGGAAGGAAAAGGGAGAGGACUCCAAGGAGGACCAGGAGGACGGGGAGGAUGUCGAGGUCGAGGAUAUGGGGGAGGUGGAUCUAGACGACGAGGUGUUGGCCGAUGAUGCGUUCGGGAUGGGGGUUGAAGAAGGGGAGGGGAAGGACAGGAACGGAGAGGCCGAGGAUGGAGAGGACGCCGCGUCGGAUGAUGAUUCGGUUGCUACGCCCGUACCACAUCCCGAUGACGAGAAGUCAGACGAUGACGACGACGACGAUGAUGACGAAGAGGAUGCCGAGGAGGAGGCGAAGCGGAAAGAGUUCUUCGCCGCGCCAGAGGAGACAGAAAAGGCCACCAAGAAGGGCGGACCGUCCUCUUUCCAGAGCAUGUCGCUCUCGCGACCCAUCCUCAGGGGUCUCACGUCUGUCGGCUUCACGAAACCGACUCCUAUCCAGGCCAAGACGAUACCGAUCGCCCUUAUGGGCAAGGACGUCGUCGGUGGUGCUGUCACCGGUUCCGGCAAGACGGCUGCAUUUAUUGUGCCUAUCCUGGAACGUCUCCUGUACCGACCCAAGAAGGUGCCGACGACGAGGGUCGUCAUCUUGACGCCCACCCGCGAGCUCGCGAUCCAGUGCCACUCGGUGGCGACCAAACUAGCAAGCCAUACCGACAUCAAGUUCUGUCUUGCGGUCGGUGGUCUCAGCCUGAAGGUCCAGGAGGGCGAGCUCCGUCUGAGACCAGACGUGGUAAUAGCCACUCCGGGUCGCUUCAUCGACCACAUGCGAAACUCAGCCAGCUUUGCUGUUGAGACGGUCGAGAUUCUGGUGCUUGAUGAAGCCGACAGAAUGCUCGAGGACGGUUUCGCAGACGAGCUGAACGAGAUUCUCACGACUCUCCCGAAGUCGCGCCAGACGAUGCUAUUCUCCGCCACCAUGACCUCGACAGUCGACAAGCUCAUUCGGGUCGGCCUCAACAAGCCUGCUCGGAUCAUGGUGGACUCGCAGAAGCAGACGGCCGGCACCCUCACACAAGAGUUUGUGCGGUUGCGGCCCGGGCGGGAGGAGAAGCGCAUGGGCGUCGAGGCCUUCAGGGACGGCAAGGUGAAUUUCCUCCUCGCCACCGACCUGGCGUCUCGUGGUUUGGACAUAAAGGGCAUCGACACCGUCAUCAACUACGAAGCCCCGCAGUCCUUGGAAAUCUAUGUCCAUCGUGUAGGCCGUACGGCUCGUGCUGGCCGUAGCGGUGUUGCCCUCACGCUGGCAGCGGAACCAGACCGCAAAGUGGUGAAGGCGGCAGUCAAGGCCGGGAAAGCACAAGGCGCCAAGAUCAUUAGUCGAGUGAUCGACCCAGCAGAAGCGGACAAGUGGCAGGCUCAAGUGGACGAGAUGGAUGAGGAGAUUGAAGAGAUUCUUCGCGAGGAGAAGGAGGAGAAGCAGCUCGCACAGAUGGAGAUGCAGGUCAAGAAGGGCGAGAAUCUGAUCAAGUACGAGGAGGAGAUCCAUUCGCGGCCAAAACGGACAUGGUUCGAGUCACAGGAGGCCAAGAAGAAGGCCAAGGAACUCGGGCGGGCUGAACUCAACGGCAUCAGGGAGGCGUUGAAGAAGAAGGGGGGAGGCAAGCUCAGCAACAAGGACAAGAAGAAGCUCGAUGCCAAGGCGGAGAGGACCGAGAAGAAGUCGACCGGGUGGAAGAAGGGGCGAGCGGAGAGAGACGGAAAAGGUGCGGUAUUAAACCUGAAGAAGAUUCGCAAGCCCAAGGCGAAGAAGGGGCCGCGCCUCCUCCGCUUUCACCUCGACACUCUCUCGAGUUACAAGUACCGCCUGCAGAGCCGCAUAUACAGGUUCCUUGUCGAGAGACAGCGCAAGAGGCGGCACAGGAAGAGCAUUGGUGGUGCUGGCGCUGCUGGGCUGAGCGGGAUCCCGGCGCCCACAAUUCAAUCGGAUGAGGAGGUGACCGAGGAGCAGAGGGUAGCGCGGGAAGCUCAAGAAAUCGAGAAGCGAGGACAGGACGAGAAGGAGGUUGCGAACAGGGGAGGGUACAGCGAACCCCCCGGUGGUUCCAAUGGGAACAACCAGGCUUCUGCUGCGUCGCCAUCGGCGUCGCCCAGCUUGCCCGCGAGAACGCCCACCGCGCCACAAUUGGACAUGACGGAGCAAGAGCUCGCGGUUGCCAACGCGAACCUCAUGGCACGCCUGGGACCGUUCAUGACCACGCCAUUGGUCCAAGUACCAAUCACCAUGUUCUUCUACAACGAGGAGCAGUCACGGUCGCAUACAGUAACGACAGACGAUUCCGGGCACUUCAACGUCCGGGUGCCCCUCGAGUUUGUCCCAACAGAGGUCAGGGUCAUAGCGAACGAGAACCUCUCAGCCAUCCGGCCCAUCGAGGUUACCGGCCAGAAGGGGAUCAGUCUGAUCAGCGACGUCGACGACACGAUCAAACAGUCCAAUAUCUCGAUGGGCGCCCGAGAGAUUUUCAGGAACGCGCUCGUGCGCGACCUGGCGGAUUUGACUGUCGAUGGGGUCGAGAAAUGGUACAACAAGAUGCACGAUAUGGGCGUCAAGUUGCACUACUGCUCAAACAGCCCGUGGCAGCUGUACCCAGUUCUGGCGACGUUCCUUCACACGGCCGGACUGCCUCAGGGCUCCAUGCAUUUAAAGCACUAUAGCGGCAUGCUGCAAGGGAUAUUCGAGCCCGUUGCGGAGAGAAAGAAGGGCACACUGGAGGCCAUCAUUAGGGACUUUCCAGAAAGAAGGUUCCUUCUCGUUGGCGACAGCGGCGAGGCGGAUCUUGAGGUCUAUACCGAGCUUGCCGUGGCCAAUCCUGGCCGCAUCUUGGCCAUCUUCAUCCGCGACGUCACCACUCCUGCGCAGACGGGAUUCUUUGAUUCUUCAUUCAGCGUGAAUCCGGGACAGCGGAGCAUACAAGGGAACGCCAAAGCCAUGCCGGGCGCCCGCUCGGUCGGCGAUCAGUUUGAAAGGAAACCACCAGUGCCUCCUCCUCCUCCUCCUCCUCCUCCUCCUCCUCGAGUGACGGCUUCGCCGGCUAAUUCGGGACCUAUCAUGGGAAACCUGAUCGACUUUGGCGAGCCGGAUCCUAUCGUUAGCACUGCAGCGACCGAGAGGCUCUGUGGAAGAGAACAUAACCGGGACGCGUUGGGACCUGAUGGGUCGAGCUCAGACGUUGCCCGUCGAAAACCACCACCUCCGCGGCCCGUCAAACCUGCGGCCUUGCGGAGCACCCCAUCGGAUAGCAGCAGCACCAACAGUCAGAGAACCACCUCUGCCGAAACUGGAGGCGGUCAUAGCUUGCCUGCUCGUCCACGGACCUCUGCGGGCACGCCUCCUCCCAACACUUCAAAGCCAACCCCUCCACCACCUCCUCCUCGACGCCGCCGCGGCACUGCCCCGGCGAUGCAGCAGCCACGCAGUACGGGCGACGACCACAUCCCAGACGUAUCCGAUGCAGAGUCUCUCUCUGCAAUGCCAGGCGGAUAUCCUGCCGGCGUUGCAGAUUCAGCGACUCCUCCCAACGGCGCGGCUGCCGCCGCAGCUGUCAACAAGAAGGUGGACUUGUGGCUGAUGCGGUUGGCGAGGGCACACCAGACGCUGGAUGCGCAGGGGGUGAAGCUGUAUACUUGGCGAAGAGGCCAGGACGUGAUUGCCGAGGCGGAGGGUCUUGUGCGGGAGGCGCUGAGGAAUAUGGACCACGGCAGCUAG